CUUUUGGAGUUUGUAGCUGACUCAGAGCUACAGACAGUUACUACUGCAAGAAGAAGAAAGAAGGAGAAAGAGAUUACUUUUCAGAAACACGAGCCAUAUCUUGCAGGAAAGAUGACAUUUAUGGGCUUAUUUCUCUUCUGUAUGCUGAUGAACAUGCUCACAGAUGCCCGAUCAAUCCAGAAUGGAGAUGAUCCCUACCAGGAAUCGGUAGCCUUGCUGUACUGGCCCUUCUCAUCCAGCGAUUUCUGGUCCUACGUGGAGUAUUUCCGGAACCUGGGAGCCUACAACAGGAUCGAUGAAAUGGCCAGAGCCUUCUUUUCCCAGUUCCCUUUUGGGAGUCACCUUGGCUACCACGUGCCCAACCACGAGCACUAACUGCUUUUUGCUGAAGCUGGUGCCAAGAUGGUUAAGUGAAUACACAGCUGCCAGCAAACGCACCCCGCAGCCACUUAUUAAUACUCACAGCAAUCAUUCAUAGCAUAUCAUGCUUUAAAUCAGCCUUUUCUUUCUCACAAUCUGUGCUUUUGCAUGAAAUCAAUAAACUCCUUGAUUCUG